AAAACCAAGGAAAUCAUGGAUCAGUGAGCAACCCUAGUAAAUGGGCACUAUCAUAUUAGACUCCAAUUUCGUCAGGAGUUUCCCAGCCUCCCUGACAGCCUACCAACAGCCAAAAAGAGACUGACGUAGAUGCAGAGAGAUCCUGUCUUCCAUGCCAAACACAGCAGUGUUGCGGAGAAGUACAGAACCGAAGGGUCCGUCAAUGCAGGUGCCUGGUGAUGCGCUUGUUAAGCUUAAAACAAUAUGGUAUCUUCUUCACCACGCCCAGUAUGGCGUUCCAGAAAACCAGAAGAACCUAGGGUAGUUUUUGAUUGUGCUUCUAAGAGUGGUGGAACAUCACUAAAUGAGGAGCUAUUGCGUGGACCAGAAAAUACUAGCACCCUAAUAGGAGUAAUCCUUAGAUUCGGAGUGGAUGAGGUGGCAGUCACAGCAGACAUAAAGAGAACUUUCCAUCGAGUGUACGUGGCACCAGAGGAUCGUGGAGCUUUGUGUUAAUUGUGGUAGUCUAACGGUGAUAUAUCAAGAGAGCCGAAGACUUAUCAGAUGUUUGUACAUAUUUUUGGAGCCAAGAGUCGCAAGGUACUCCCUUAGAAAGACAGCUAAGGACAACGAGAAAUAUUUCUCGGCAGAGGUCGGGAUUUCUUAAAGAUUUCUAUGUGGACGGCUUACUCAAGUCAUUUGCUGAUGCAGAACAUGCCGUAAACCUAAAUUCACAACUUUGAGAUUUGUUUGCUAGAGGAGGUUUCCAACUCACCAAAAUGAUUUCUAACCACCGUGACGUGUUGUCAGCAUCCUCAGUGGAAGAACGAGCUCCACACAUUAAGGAUCUAGAUUUGAAAUCCGACAGCUUGCCUUUGGAUAGAGCACUGGGGAUCCAUUGGGACGUUGAGCGUGAUAGGAUCAACUUUGUGUUUGGUAAGGGAGAACAGCCAGAGAACCGCAAAGGAGUGCUGUCCUCGAUCGCAACCAUGUAUGACCCACUAGGAUUUGCCAGUCCGUUACUCCUACCUGGAAGAGCAAUUAACCAGGAACUCUUCAAAAUGAAGUUUACUUGGAAUGAUACUCCCCCCGACAAACUGUGUCUUCGUUGGAGAAAGUGGAGAUAAGACCUUAUGAGUUUGCAGGGCUUCACCAUUCCUCGAUGUUUUAAACCAGAAGGCCUUGGUAAAGGCGCACGAGCUGAGCAUCAUCAAUUUGCUGAUGCAUCACAAGAGCUUGGCUAUGGGACAGCCUCGUAUUUACGUCUCAUCAAUGAUCAAGGAAACAUCCAUUGCAGAUUUGUCAUGGGUAAAUCCCGUGUGAGACCCCUGAACGGUGCAAAAACUGUGCCAAAGUUGGAAUUAGCUGCAGCCACCUUGGCAACCCGGAUCGGCAAAGUCGUUACAAAGGAACUAGAAGGAAGGCUGAGGAUUGACAGUGUUACUUUUUGGACUGACCCAAUGAUAGUUCUGAAGUAUAAGGCUAAUGAGAAGAGAAGAUUUGUCACGUUUGUCGCCAAUCGAGUUGCCAUUAUACGACAGGAGUCAGAGCCAAGUCAGUGGCGUCAUGUCCGAUCAGAACUCAAUCCAGCAGACUAUGCCUCUCGAGGAAUCAAAGCCUCAGAGACCAGGAAACUUAAGAAAUGGAAGAAUGGUGCAGAUUUCUUGUGGAAGGACAAAAAUCAAACUGGGACCGGCUACGAAGAAUAGUUGCUUGCCUCAUUCGUGCCUUUCGUAUACCCGCACAUCCACAAUCACAGAUUGAAGUGUACCGAAAUUCAAAGACAAGCUUGAAGUCCAGUCCUACACCUUUGACAGUCUUCGAUGUUAUUGAGGCAGAGAAGAAGAUUGUGCAGGCCGCACAGGCACAGUCGUUCCCUGUUGAGACCGAUAAGACAGUGAUAACAGUUCAACUUGCUCGACUUAAACCAUUUGAAGAUGAAGGAAUAUUACGUGUUGGAGGAAGAUCGAAACAUUCAGAGCUACAGUAUGAUGCUAAGAACCCCGUGAUACUGCCAGGAGAGCACAAAGUUACAGGUUUGAUAGUUCUUCGUUGUCAUCAUUUGACUGGACACGCGGGAACCUAUCAAGUUCUUGCUGAAAUUAAACAACGCUUCUGGAUUGUCAUGGGAGCGUCUUCAGUUAGGCGCGUUCUCCAUUUGCAGCAUUAGGGCUAGACUAUUUUGGACCCCCUUAUGUAAAGACCGGGUCCAACACCAGAUCAAAGAAGAAUGCAAAGCGUUAUGGAUGCAUCUUCACUUCCCUAAGGCACCGAGCAGUCCACAUAGAAGUGGCCGAAGACCUCACUACGGAUAGUUUCAUCAUUGCCGUUUUGUGCUUCGUUAGUAGACGAGGUCCUCCAAGGGUCAUCUAGAGUGAUAGCAGUACCAACUUCAGAGGGGCAGAGUUAGAUGUCGUCAAAGCUUUGCAAGUGUGAGAACAAGAGAAUAUUAAGACCACCUUAACCCGAAGAGGCAUCGACUGGAAGUUCAACCCACCAGCGGUGAGUCACCAAGGCGGAGGUUGGGGAAGACUCAUGCGUUUCAUCACAAGAAUUUUGUACCCAUUAGUUGGAGAACGCCUUUUAAACGAUGAAGCAUAGCAGACAUUUCUGGUAGAAGAAGAGACGAUUUUGAAUGAUAGGCUGAUUACACUUGUGUCAAGUGAUCCGCAAGAUUUAGAAGCGCUGACGCCAAACCACAU